GGUUAAACAUGGCUACUCAAGAUGAUGCCCAUCUCGCUGAGCUGAAGAAGAAGAGAACUUUCCGCAAGUUCAUGUACAGAGGAGUUGACUUGGACCAACUUUUGGACAUGUCCCGUGAACAAUUCACCAAGCUUCUCCCCUGCCGCAUGCGCAGACGUCUCGAUCGCGGACUCAAGAGAAAGCACUUGGCUCUCAUCGCUAAGGUCCAAAAGGCCAAGAAGGCUGCUGGUGUUCUCGAGAAGCCAGCCACCGUUAAGACCCAUCUCCGAGACAUGAUCAUCCUUCCAGAGCUCGUUGGUGGAGUCAUCGGAAUCUACAACGGAAAGGUUUUCAACCAGACCGAAAUCAAGCCAGAGAUGAUCGGAUUCUAUCUCGGAGAGUUCGCUAUCUCCUACAAGCCUGUCAAGCACGGAAGACCAGGUAUUGGAGCUACCCACUCUUCCCGAUUCAUCCCACUCAAGUAAAGUUAUUUGUUGAACAAUAAACUUGUUU